AUGACAAAAAUACCCAAGCUUAUUACUGUCAUUGGAGCGACGGGCAUCCAGGGAGGCUCAGUCAUUGCUGCUGCCCUAAAGUCCGGUGACUGGAAGACCCGUGGAGUUACUCGCAAUGUCAACAGUGAAGCAUCUAAGGCACUGGCUUCGAAAGGGGUCGAGAUGGUGAUUGCUGAUUGGAAUGAUGAAUGCAGCUUAGUGAAGGCAUUUGAGGGUUCAUAUGCGAUUUAUGCCUUGACUGAUUACUGGGCUGGUUUUAUGACACAGAGUGUUGAAGAACUGAUUGAAAUUGAAGCUAGACAAGGCAUCAACCUUGCUAAGGCAGCGUCUCAAACUUCCUCUCUCAAGCACUUCGUAUGGAGUACUGUUCCCGACAAUGUGAAGAUAUCAAAUGGAAAACAUUCGAUACCUCACUUUGAGGGAAAACUCAAGGUCGAUGAAUUCAUCAAACAAGACAAAGACCUACUCAGCAAAACCACUUUCCUCUGGGUUGGAUAUUAUGGGACAAACAUCGUUUUGCCUAUGAUUGUGCCAAAUCUUCUCAAAACGUGCGGAAAAUAUGUUCAAUUUUUCCCAGUUUCAGACGACACACCUAUCACAACAGUGGGAGACCCCAGGGUCAACACUGGAAUCUACGCACUAGCCAUCUUCAACCAACCCGAGCUUACAGUUGGCAGAGUUGUUCUAGCGCAGUCUGAGACCCAAACAACCCGUGAAAUCAUCGAUCUGUGGUCACAGGUUACAGGAAAGCCUGCUGACUAUAUUCAAAUUCCACUAGAUCAGUAUGAUAGUCUAUGGCCGAAGUGGGGACGAGAGGUUGGUCUUAUGUUGCAAUUCUGGGAGACAGCUCGUGAGAAGAGCUGGACGGCCGAUGAACCCGUUCUGACAAAAGAAGAUUUGAAAAUAUCUGGUUUGAUGGGAAUGAAGGAGGUUUUCAGUUCGCUUGACUGGUCUUGA